AGAAGAUGGCGCCCGACAGAGGCUCAUCGUCAGCGAGGGCCGCCCGGACCAGCGAGGAUACCAUGAGCAGCGACGACGAAGCGUACCGAUCUGGUGCAGCACGCGAGCCCAUCGGCCAGGAGCCGGACGAGGAUUUCCUGGCUCGGAGGAGCGAACAACCGCAGUUCACACUACGGGCUCUGCUACUUGGACUCGUGAUUGGCGUGCUCAUCGCGUUCUCCAAUACCUACUUUGGCCUGCAAACGGGUUGGAUAUCUGGAAUGGCAAUGCCGAGUGCCUUGAUAGGAUUUGCAUACUUCAAAGGCCUCAGAACUUUUGCAGACAGGUUGGGCGGACCAUUCAAGAGGUUCGAUAUCGGGGCAGGCUUCAGUGAGGUGGAAAAUGUGCUUGUACAGACAGUAGCCGGCUCUGUGGGGACAAUGCCUUUGGGCUGCGGAAUGGUCGGAGUUGUUCCGGCUCUUGAGUUCCUACUCAAUCCAUCAGAGGUCCCGGAUCAAGGCGACCCGAGUUCAGUCACAGGCCUUGUCCCCGCAGACAUGAAGAAUGGCAUCCACCUACCACUGUCCAAGCUCGUGUUAUGGGCUUUAGGGCUUUGCUUCUUCGGUGUAUUAUUUGCAGUACCGCUCCGAAAGGAGGUCAUCAUUCGCGAGAAGCUCAAGUUUCCUUCAGGAACCGCCACUGCAUUAAUGAUUGGUGUCCUGCACGGCGGCGAGAAGACGGGAGCUGAAGGUAAUAUUGAAGAGCACGCCACACGCCGGAGAAGACCGGUCCAAGGGAGGGACGAAGAAAGCCGCUCACUGAUGAGCGGGACCAACCAGGAGGAAGAAGCACGGCCCAAACGUCGAGAUAGCAACAGCGAUGCCGCGAAGAGGGACUGGCAAAAGCAGAUCAGGCUUCUGACCACAUCGUUUGGCGUAUCUGGAGCCUACACCGUGAUAUCUUACUUCCUCCCUCAAUUGCAUUCGAUACCGAUCCUGGGCACUUACAUGUCAGAUGUAUGGGUGUGGAACCUCAACCCUAGUCCUGCCUAUGUUGGACAGGGCAUCAUCAUGGGCCCAUCAACGACAAUACACAUGUUCAUCGGCUCAGUGAUUGGAUGGGCCGUGCUAUCACCAGUAGCCAAGCAUCAGGGCUGGGCUUCCGGCCCGGUGUCUGACUGGAAUACCGGCUCGAAGGGAUGGAUUGUUUGGGUCAGUCUCGCUAUAAUGCUCGCGGAUGCUAUAGUGAGCCUGGGCUGGCUGAUACUACGCCCUACAAUAUGGUAUAGUCGUCAGUACGGGCCACAAAUCGUGGAAGGCAUCAAACGAAAUGGAGUGCGCAAGUUUGCAGUCGAUCUCGCGCGACCUGUAAUGAGAGGAUACAGUCCAGUCAACCUCGAAGAUCCGGUGGAUAGCGACUCGGCCGGAUUGCUUCAAAGACAAAAGUCGGCGCCUCUCGAUGAGGAGGAGGAAUACGACGCACCACCCGAGCACCAGAUCGGAGCCAAGACCACUCUGAUAGGGCUGGCAUUGACUCUUGUGUUUUGCAUUUUCGCUGUUCAAUAUUCCAUGGCGGGCAUUAUCAGCAUCGGACUCACAGUGUUCGCUCUAGUCCUUGCCCUCCUAUUGAGCAUCAUGGCGGUCCGAGCUCUCGGCGAGACCGACCUAAAUCCGGUCAGUGGGAUCAGCAAAUUGACCCAAUUGGUGUUUGCAGGUCUUGCGCCGGCUGGAACAAAGAAUGCAGUGGUGAUCAAUCUCAUCGCCGGCGGCAUCAGUGAAGCCGGCGCGCUGCAAGCCGGGGAUUUGCUCCAGGAUCUCAAGACUGGCCACUUGCUUGGAGCGAGUCCCAAGGCGCAGUUCUGGGGACAAUUGAUUGGAUCUGGAGUGGGAGCUGUGGUGAGCGCUCUGGUGUACAGACUGUACACCAAUGUCUAUACUAUACCGGGCGGCCUGUUCCAAGUCCCGACCGGCAAGAAAGCGAGCUGGUUGCCUUACGUCCCGGGAGGCAUCGCUGUUGCAGUUGGCAUGUACAAUACGCCGUCGUUCACGCUUGCGAGGACACUUGGCGGGCUGAUGGCUUGGUAUUGGACGCAGUGGAAGAAGAGGGAGGAAACGCCUUUGAUCGUACUGGCAUCCGGGCUGAUACUGGGAGAAGGCCUGCUGAGCAUAGUCAAUCUCGGGCUUGCAAGUGCUGGCGUGCCACAUGCGUGA